UUUUCUACGCUGAUACACUUCAGUGUUUUUCCGUUUCAUUGAAAAUAUGUCAGAUGUCAGAAAACUGUGUAGUGUGUAACAUCAAAUUGCAGCGACGUAAUCUAGUUAUUGCGUGUUCUGAGUGUGGUAAAAGUUGUAAUCUUAAAUGUGUUAUGACGGAGGAAGAACUUGAUUUUAUUUCAAGUGAACAGAUAUGGCGAUGCCCACUAUUUGCAAAAAUUAUAAGACAAAGUCUCGACGAUAAUCUUAUCUUGACUGGUGAUGUCAAAAUUUGUAUCCUUAAAUAUUCUUUACAAGUUUUUGAAUACCAGUCUCUGACGGUUCUGAGGUGUAAAGAUGUUAGCAGCGCUACUCAAUGUGUUGACCACAUUGCUGAUCUAUUCGUCACUGUUACUUGGAGCAUGCUGGGUCUGGUUCCAAUGGAGUCACCGUGACUUACUCAGAGCUGCCAAGAAAAUACCAGUGUCAUAUCCAACGAUUCCAAUCCUGGGUCACGCUUAUAUCUCUCUAUUCAGUCCAGAAGAAAAAAGCCGUAGGAUUCUAAAUUUGACUGUUGGUGCAAUGAUAAAACAAGGAUGGAAGACUAUUUGUUUCUGGGUCGGCCCACUUCCACUUAUCGUCGUAGGAGACAUGAAUGAUCUACAAACACUUUUUAACGGACAAAACACUGCAGAUAAGCCGGAAGAAUACGACUAUUUUGUAGGUGGACUCGAGUCUGGAGCUGGGCCGUUUGGGCAGCACAUACUUUCAGCGAGAGGUCAAACUUGGAAGCUCACCAGAAAACACCUGAACCCUAUGUUUCAUCCUCAGAAUGUUCAACACAUGAUAUCCGUGUUCAACAUGAACAGCAGGGAGCUUGUUGAACGCAUGAAUGAACACGUUGGACUAAAGUCGUUCGAUGUUAUGCAUUACACAAUGGAUCUUGCUUUGAAAACCAUUUGCAAUCUUAUAUACGGUCCUCUCGUUCCAAUCGAUAUUCAUUCAAAACCUUUCAAGGGCCUUAUGAAAAUUGUUGAGGACGUUCCAGAGCUAUUUAUGAAGCGUCUUCUAAGACCCUGGCUAAGAAUUGAAUGGAUAUUCCAGCUUUUGUACAAAAACGAAAGAAAUGAGAUACAAAAUUCCUGGAAGAAUUUCACAGAACCUCUUCUAAAGAUGGCUAGAAAACAGAAGUUGCAGAAGACGAAGAAAGACAAUGAAUAUGUCAACACAUUGUCUAACGAAAGUGAAGAACUACUAGACAUGUUGGAUGCUUACCCAGUACUUCAGCAAAAACACCCAGAAUUCGCCGAAGCGCAUAUGUUAGGCGAGAUGUUUGCUUUAUAUUGCACAGGAACGGACACGGUUGGUUCAACUACUGCAGCAUGCAUGUUGGCGCUAGCUCAGUACCCAGAUGUUCAGGAUAGACUGUACAGCGAGAUCAUCUCCGUUGUAGGACUAAACGACGACAUAACUCCGGAGGACCUUUCCAGGAUGCCUUAUCUGGAACAAGUUAUUAAAGAAACAAUGCGCAAGUUUCUUAUUGUUCCGUUCGUGUUGCGUAAAAUGUCAAAAGACGUGGAGCUGAGCAGUUGCACUCUCCCGGCCGGAAGCGUCAUUGCCUGCAACUUAGCGAACAUCCACAUGGAUCCAGAAGUAUAUCCGAAUCCAGAUGAGUUCGAUCCUGAAAGGUUUUCAAUAGAAAACUCAUCGGAUAGAAAAGAAAAAUUCUCUUUUAUUCCCUUCAGUGGUGGACCCAGAAUGUGUAUUGCGAAGAACUACGCCAUGAAUCUAAUGAAGAUCCAGAUCGCUCAUGUGCUGAGAAACUUUCGAUUGUCAACAAGUCAAAGUAUCGACAAAAUGAAGAGGAAACUGAUUGUAACUUUAGUGAGUACUGAAGGUUACAACAUCAGAGUUGAGAAGAGAGUUGAGAACAGAACUGGGUUCCAUAGUGAUUGAAUGUCUUCUGGAUUGGUACAGAUUGUGAAGAGAUAAAUUGCUAAUUUAUAACGUAACUUGGACAGUAUAAAGGAUAUAAAAACAGGAAUGCAAGUACCAAAUAAUUAUUAACAAAUUGUCUUAAAAUUGUAAGAUCUUAGGAUUGUAAUUAUUAAUUUAUUCUUCUAGUCUUAAACAAAGCUCUAUAAUGUCUCAAUUUUAUUAUACAGCAUUGUUACAGUUGUAAUAAAAAAAAAAAAAUGGUAUUCACAUUUAUGUUAACAAGUAAAUUGGUGACUUGUCAUGUUAUUACAGAAUUACUGUGUGCUUGUUACUCAUAAUUAAAUCACAUUACUUUUCUUUACAUUAAACGUGACUAAAAAUCAAAUUAUGAUUUAUAAUUAUUCUUAUUUGGUAUAGGAUGUGUACACGUACAGUUUGUAAAUUUAACAAAUUUGUUUUAUAUUUGACCUGAAUGCAGUUAGCAUUGUGCAAGGCAUUGUAGUACUGUAUGAAGUUUGUGAUAUCCCAAACAUAAGCAUUAUUUUUGCUAUCACGGUAACCUCAAUAUAAUAAAAUUCCAGAAAAGAAGUAUGCAUUUAAGUAUAAAUAACAUUUUUUGAGAGUUUCCAUUAUACAAAUUUGAAAUUGAGAUUUAAAGGACAUUUUAUGUGUGUUACUAGUUUUAACAUACCCAGUAUUUAUUUAGAUAACUGAAGCAAAUAUUGUCGAAGUUUGUAUCCAAUUAAUUUACAUUAUUUAUAGACGAUUUCUUGAAACACGAAACCAUUUAUGUUGCUUCUGAGAAAUAUAUUACAAUAUAAUUCUCCCCCUCUGUAUGUUUGUUUUGUUUAAUUGAUAAUCAUAGUGAAUUGACUUUAUUGCUAUUAUAAUUAACAUACGAAAUGAAUAUUUCUUUAAAUGCUAUCUAUAUUAAAUUAUUUAUUUAUCCAUAGCAAUAGUAUAAAAUACCAUCUAUAUCAAGUAAUUUAUUACUGAUUCCAUGUUAUUUAUGGUUAAUAAAUCAUUCAUUUUAAUAGAA